AUGGACGCACGACAAUCGUCCGAAGAAAGCCUAGCUAGGCGAGACACGGUUCCCUCAUCCAGCGACGAGGAGCGUGCGGGCCCCGAAUUUAUGCCCAUCCAGAGCAAUGGCAGGCAGCUCGAUAAUGCUGAACGCAAUGGUCUCAGGCGGGUCGACUCGACGGCAAUGAUGGAGGAGACCGAUGUCGAAGCGCUGCGCAGGAUUGCCACAGAUAUCCUGGCCCAGCGUCGCCAGAGUGAAGCCACCAUCCCCGAGCUCCGCCAAGAGCUGACCCACGACCCUGCCUAUGAUCCGUCGAGCAAACAGUUUGAUCUCGGCAAGUUCCUGCGGAAAAUUAUCGGAGAGCUCCAGGAGGAAGGGAUUGAGCUAAAACAGGUGGGCGUCGCCUACAAAGAUCUCGGUGUUUCCGGCACCGGCGCCGCCUUGCAACUCCAGCAUACCGUUGGCUCCAUGCUGCAGGCACCUCUGCGCCUGGGGGAGCACUUCAGCUUCAAGAAGAAAGAGCCCAAGACGAUCCUCCACAACUUUGAUGGAGUGAUCAAGAGCGGUGAGAUGCUGAUUGUGCUCGGCCGUCCGGGUUCUGGCUGCAGUACUCUGCUCAAGACCAUCACUGGAGAGCACCACGGCUUGACCAUCGCUCCGGAGACGGUCAUUCACUACAAUGGCAUUCCUCAGAAAGAGAUGAUGAAGGAAUUCAAGGGAGAGGCGAUUUACAACCAAGAGGUCGACAAGCACUUCCCGCAUCUGACAGUCGGCCAGACUCUUGAAUUUGCUGCAGCAACGCGCACGCCGUCACAGCGAGUCCACGGCGUCUCUCGCGCCGUGCACAUCAGGGAGUCGGUCCAGAUUGUCAUGGCCGUCUGCGGUCUCAGCCACACCUACAACACCAAGGUGGGCAACGAGUUCAUCCGCGGCGUGUCCGGCGGCGAGAGAAAGCGCGUCAGUAUCGCCGAGAUGAUGCUCGCUGGUGCCCCGAUCCUGGCGUGGGACAACAGCACUCGUGGUCUCGACUCGGCCACGGCUCUCAAGUUUGUCCAGACCCUCCGCAUGGCCGCCGACUACGGCGGAUCUGCCCACGCAGUGGCCAUCUAUCAGGCGAGUCAGGCCAUCUACGACCUCUUUGACAAGGCCGUCGUCCUCUACCAGGGCCGCCAGAUUUACUUUGGCCCUGCUGGUGCAGCCAAGGCCUACUUCGAGAACAUGGGCUGGCAUUGCCCCCCGCGCCAGACCACCGGCGACUUCUUGACCUCCGUCACCAACCCUCAGGAGCGCGUGGCCCGACCUGGCAUGGAGGACAAGGUCCCUCGAACCCCUGAGGAGUUUGAGAAGUACUGGCGUGAGUCGCCCGACUACCAAGCCCUGCGGACCGAGAUCGAUGAGUACCAACAGGAGUACCCCAUCGACCCCCACGGCGCCAGCGCGCAGGAGAUGCGUCACCAGAAGAACCUCCGACAGGCCAAGCGCGUGCGGCCCAAGUCUCCGUAUCUGAUCAACACCCUGAUGCAGGUCCGGCUGACCACGGGGCGCGCCUACCAGCGCAUCUGGAACGACCUGUCUGGCACUGCCACCCAGUCGGCGAUGCACCUCGUCCUCGCUCUCAUCCUCGGUUCUGUCUUCUAUGGCACUCCUGAUACUACGGCUAGUCUGUUCUCCAAGGGUUCGGUUCUGUUCCAGGCGAUUCUCAUGAAUGCCCUGACGGCAAUUGCGGAAAUCAACAAUCUCUACGCCCAGCGGCCCAUCGUGGAAAAGCAUGCAUCGUACGCGUUUUAUCACCCUGCAGCCGAAGCUAUAUCCGGAAUCAUCGCCGAUAUACCGAUCAAGUUCAUCACCGGUACCAUCUUCAACAUCGUCCUGUACUUCAUGGCUGGUCUGCGGCGUGAGCCUGCUCAAUUCUUCCUCUUCUUCCUCAUCACCUAUGUGUCCACCUUUGUCAUGAGCGCAAUCUUCAGGACUUUGGCGGCUGUGACCAAGACAGUGUCGCAAGCGAUGAUGUUGGCAGGAGUGAUGGUUCUGGCUCUGGUAAUCUACACAGGCUUCGUCAUUCGGGUACCCCAGAUGCACCCCUGGUUCAGUUGGAUCCGCUGGAUCAAUCCCAUCUUCUACGCCUUUGAAAUCCUGGUCGCCAACGAGUUCCACGGGCGCGAAUUUCCCUGUGCAUCGGUGGUUCCGCCGUACUCGCCGCCAGUGGGCACUUCCUGGAUCUGUUCCGUGGUCGGCGCCGUCGCUGGUCAGCCGUUUGUCAACGGCGAUGCGUUCAUCGAGGCCAACUACGAGUACUACUACUCCCACGUCUGGCGCAAUUUUGGUAUCCUUCUCGCUUUUCUCUUCUUCUUUAUGAUACUCUAUUUCAUUGCGGCCGAGCUCAACUCAGCCACGACCAGCACUGCCGAAGUCCUCGUCUUCCAGCGCGGACAUGUUCCCAGCUACCUGCAGAACGGCGGUGCCAGCGGCAAGGCUCCUGUUACCGAGGACAUGACCAAGAACGCGGACUCGGUCAAGGAGGAGAACGAAAAGGGAAAUGUUAAAGCGAUUGAACCGCAGAAGGAUAUCUUCACCUGGGUCGAUGUGGUCUACGACAUCAAGAUCAAGGGCAAGGACCGCCGGCUGCUGGACCACGUUUCUGGCUGGGUGAAGCCCGGGACCCUGACGGCCUUGAUGGGUGUUUCUGGUGCGGGAAAGACAACUCUUCUUGAUGCUUUGGCCCAGCGGACCACCAUGGGUGUCAUCACUGGCGACAUGCUUGUCAACGGCAAGCCCUUGGAUGCUAGCUUCCAGCGCAAGACUGGCUACGUGCAGCAGCAAGGUGAGCAUGAUUCCCCUGAUUUGUGUUCAUACGAAGAUUGGACAAUGACUAACGCGGGACGGCGACCAGAUCUCCAUCUCGAAACCUCGACCGUCCGCGAGAGUCUCCGCUUCAGCGCCAUGCUACGCCAGCCCAAGACCGUCAGCCAAGAGGAGAAGUACCAGUUCGUAGAGGAGGUCAUUGACAUGCUAAACAUGCGCGACUUUGCCGACGCCGUGGUCGGCAUCCCCGGCGAGGGCCUCAACGUCGAGCAGCGCAAGCUCCUGACCAUCGGCGUCGAGCUCGCGGCCAAGCCCAAGCUCCUGCUUUUCCUCGACGAGCCGACCAGCGGCCUCGACUCGCAGAGCUCCUGGGCCAUCUGCGCCUUCCUGCGCAAGCUGGCCGACGCGGGCCAGGCCGUGCUCUGCACCGUCCACCAGCCCAGCGCCAUCCUCUUCCAGCAGUUCGACCGCCUGCUCUUCCUCGCGGCGGGCGGCAAGACGGUCUACUUUGGCGACAUUGGCGAGAACUCGCGCACGCUGCUCGACUACUUCGAGGCCCACGGCGCGCCCAAGUGCGGCGACCAGGAGAACCCAGCCGAGUACAUGCUGCAGGUGGUCAACCAGGGGUCCAACCCGCAGGGCGAGGACUGGCACAGCGUCUGGAACGGCAGCGAGCAGCGCGGGGCGGUCAUGCGCGAGAUCGAGCGCAUCCACGCUGAGAAGGCGGCCGAGCCCGUCGCGGGCCACGAGGAGCCCGGCGCGCACUCCGAGUUCGCCAUGCCGUUCAGCGCGCAGCUGCGCACCGUCACGACGCGCGUGUUCCAGCAGUACUGGCGCAUGCCGAGCUACGUUCUGUCCAAGUUCCUGCUGGCGACGCUGGCGGGCCUGUUCAUCGGCUUCUCCUUCUACGGGGCCGACAGCACGCUCGCGGGCAUGCAGAACGUCAUCUUCGCCGUCUUCAUGGUCAUCACCAUCUUCUCGACGGUCGUGCAGCAGAUCCAGCCGCACUUCAUCACGCAGCGCUCGCUGUACGAGGUGCGCGAGCGGCCCAGCAAGGCCUACUCGUGGCAGUCGUUCAUCAUCGCCAACGUCAUCGUCGAGAUCCCCUACCAGAUCUUCACGGCCAUCCUGAUCUUUGGGUGCUUCUACUACCCCGUCAUCGGCGUACAGGACUCGGCGCGCCAGGGCCUGGUGCUGCUGUUCGCCAUCCAGCUCAUGCUGUACGCCAGCUCCUUUGCGCAGAUGACCAUCGCCGCCUUCCCGGACGCGCAGACGGCGUCGAGCAUCGUCACGCUGCUGGUGCUCAUGAGCCUGACCUUCUGCGGCGUGCUGCAGCCGCCCGACGCGUUCCCGGGCUUCUGGAUCUUCAUGUACCGCGUCAGCCCCUUCACGUACUGGGUGUCGGGCAUCGUGGCGACGGAGCUGCACGGCCGCGCCGUGACCUGCAGCGCCGACGAGACGAGCAUCUUCGACCCGCCCUCGGGCCAGAGCUGCGGGCAGUACAUGGCCGCCUUCCUGAGCAAGGCGCCCGGCGUGCUGCAGAACCCGGACGCGACCGAGGCGUGCCGCUACUGCUCGCUGCAGGUGGCGGACCAGUUCCUGGCCCCGAGCCGGAUCUACUGGAGCGACCGGUGGCGCAACUUUGGCAUCAUGUGGGCGUACAUCCUGUUCAACAUCUACAUUGCGGUGCUCACGUACUGGGCGUUCCGGGUCAAGAAGUGGAACUGCCCCGGCGGGGAGACGAGCAAGAUGCUGGCGCGCAAGGCGCAGAAGGCCGAGCCUUAA